CGUUUAUUUCAAGUGGAGGAAGCAAUUCAUAACACAGUAUUUUCAGUAGUUUGUUUCUCAUCUCUAUAGUUUCCUAAUGGCUAAUGAUAAUUCAGCAAGAGUUGAAACUAAUGAUAUUGAAAACAAUCAUAUUGUUUUAGAUGUAAACAAAGAUUCCUCCCAAGAAUCUCAAAACUCCUAUGUUCCUUUCUUGCAAAAGUUAAUAGCAGAGGUUGUGGGAACAUAUUUCUUGAUAUUUGCAGGAUGUGCUUCAAUUAUAGUGAACAAAAACCACGACAACGUUGUCACACUUCCUGGGAUCGCAAUUGUUUGGGGACUCACUUUGUUGGUCUUGAUUUACUCUCUUGGUCAUAUCUCUGGAGCUCAUUUCAAUCCUGCUGUUACCAUUGCUUUUGCCACCACAAGGAGGUUUCCAUUGAUACAGGUACCAGCUUAUAUACUGGCUCAGCUCCUGGGGGGUACACUAGCAAGUGGGACUCUAAAACUAAUAUUCAGUGGCACACAUGAUCAGUUCUCAGGAACACUUGCAACUGGUUCUAACUUUCAAGCUUUUGCUCUUGAAUUCAUAGUCACAUUUCACCUUAUGUUUACAAUUUCAGCAGUCGCGACCGAUAAUAGAGCGAUUGGCGAGUUGGCUGGAAUUGCAGUUGGAUCUACAUUAUUGCUUAAUGUCUUGAUUGCAGGGCCGAUAACCGGAGCAUCAAUGAACCCGGUUAGAAGUCUAGGACCUGCUUUUGUACAUAAUGAAUAUAGAGGAAUAUGGAUAUUUAUAAUUUCGCCGAUUUUGGGAGCGGUGGCCGGAGCAUGGGUCUACAACCUUGUUAGGCACACCAACAAGCCAUUGCGUGAGAUCACCAAGAGUGCAUCCUUCCUCAAAGAAACAAAGCGUGGGGGAACCAAAUAAUUUUAGCAAUUGAAAAUAUUUACCAUCAAGUGAUUAUGCAGAGAGUCAAUAAUGUUUUUACAUGUGCAAAAGUCUUUGUUAGAGAUAAUGGCAAAAUAAAAAUGUUUAUAUGUAAUAUCGAUAAGGUACUAUGGAUCAUGAGUUUGUGCAAUUUUAGAAGGAGUUGCAGCACUGCAUGCAGUUCCUAAUUAAGGUGCUAAA